AUGGCGUCUUCCCCCAGCGACGAAGACAAGACCGCGUGGGGCAAGGUCGAGAAGAAGUUUGAACAUAAAAACGCAAGCGAAUACUACGACCCGUGCCAGGCGUUUGCCGAACGCAGUAUCAAGUGCUUGCGUCGCAAUGCCGGCGAUCGAGACAUGUGCUCCGACUACUUUCAGGCAUAUCGGGACUGCAAGAAAGAGUGGCUAACGCAACGAAAAUUCGCCAAAGCAAACCCUUCUGACCCUUCCUCUGCGAAAUCAUGA